AUGUCAUCUCAGCAGAGGCCUGAUCGGGAGGCGAUUCAGCCCCUUCUUCCCCCACGGGCAUCCACGUCAGACCGAUUACACCGCACCUAUGCAUCUAGCAAGGCAACAUCCGAUGAUUGCGUACGCAAUGAAUUCAAUCCUCAACGCAAAGGCUACGGCGUCGUGAAAAAAGCCGCAGGCCCAACCACCCAUGUCACCAAGAAUGAUCUAAAGGCGGCAGAAAAUCUUUUCGAAGAGGAAGUUCAGGAGUGCAUGUCAUCGAUCUGCGCUUCGCGAGAAAACAUAGAGACUCUUGGGAGGAUAAAAAGAAGCGGAAGCUCCCCAAAGAAUUCUCAGCGAGUUUUUUAUAACGAUAUGAUCAUGGAACGUAUCCUCCAUGGCGACGAAAAAUCGCUGAAAGAAUUAGGUCGUGAGCUCCUUAUGAAGCAAUUAGAAAAUUACCGACGAAAACACUCACGAUAG